CACUUCAGGGAGAGCUGCACUGCUUCUUACACAUGAAACCAUGACUCCUUUAAGCGCCUGAACCUCCAGCACCGACUCUCAACGUGCACUUAAGAUAGACCGACAGAUAUCACCGAACUACACAGACGCGCUGUGCAGGGAAGGGACCGGCGCUGCGCACAGGGGCAGAUCAUGCACUGUCAAGCCGAGCUGAGGCUCUCCUCCCCCGGGCAGCUGAAGGCUGCCAGGCGGCGCUACAAGACGUUCAUGAUUGACGAAAUCCUCUCCAAGGAGACUUGUGAUUAUUUUGAGAAACUCUCUCUUUACUCGGUGUGUCCGUCUCUCAUUGUCCGGCCCAAGCCCCUCCACUCAUGCUCGGGCUCCUCAUCACUUCGGGCCUACCCGCUCCUCUCGGUGAUCACGCGGCAGCCUCCCAACGUGCCCCCGCACCUCCCCCAGCCACAGUCUCCAGGCGGGGUCCCCUCGCACCUGUCCCUGCUCUCCCCGCAGCAUCCACGGGGGUCUGAGCCGUCGCCCAGCCAGACGCCCCUCAGCAUCAGCAGCGAGUCGGAGACAGAGCGCAGCACGCCCCGCCUGAAGAAGCCGCGCCGCAGCCGCACCAUCUUCACCGAGCUCCAGCUGAUGGGCCUUGAGAAGAAGUUCCAGAAACAGAAGUACCUCUCCACGCCAGACAGGUUAGACCUGGCCCAGUCACUUGGUCUCACACAGCUCCAGGUGAAAACAUGGUACCAAAACAGACGUAUGAAGUGGAAGAAAAUGGUGCUCAAAGGAGGUCACGAGGCCCCUACUAAGCCCAAGGGAAGACCCAAGAAGAACUCCAUUCCCACAACGGAGGAGAUAGAGGCUGAGGAGCGAAGGAUGAAGAUGGAGAAGGAGGAUGAGGAGAGGAUGAGGCAGGAUGACGGCGAGGUGGCGUUGGCUUGCGGAUCGGAGGCGUCUCAGCUGGAACCUCAAGAUCUCAGUUCAGACACUCACAGUGCGGCCAGAGUGAUGGAGGAAUCUGAGCGAGAGGUGCCGCUCCUCAUGCAAUCAGAGACUCAUGCAGACAGCUAAGCAAGAACAAAGCAACCAAAGACUAACGACAACCUGAAAACAAAUAGUGCCUCAGGAUCACUGUAAAAAAAAAGAAAAGAAAAUAAGAAAUACACAGCCUGUGUGGUGUUUAGAGCCAUUUGCUUUAGGGAUUUGACUGGAGACAUAUCAGUGUCCAAUCUUUACCUAAUGUCGUCUUUUUUAUUUUUUGUGUGUACUGGAAAAUGUACCAUACAAAGAGCUAACCUGCAUAGACACUGAUCGCACUGGUAAAACUUUGGCCCUGGGUCCACGGUAAGAGGAGUGUAAAUGUGUCAAAUCCAAAUAGGUCAGUCAAGCCUUAACACACAGUGACAUGCCUCACGAUACCAAGUCAUUGUGAUGACAAGAUCACACACACACACACAAUACUGAUCCACAAAGCUGCCUCACACAGUGCAUGUGCCAAAAUACCAAACUUUUGCCUUGUGCCUGUAUUUAUGUAUUAUACAGUAAAUCUCUCUACACUGCCAAAAAAACCCUAGGAUAUUAAAAUGGCUACAGUGCCUUGACGGUCUCAGAGGAACGCUUUUAAACUGUUGAUGAAUAUAACAAAUGCAAGUAUAUUUUCUAGAGUGAUUUUUGAUUAUUACACGUGCUGUUUUUUCUUUUUUUUUUGAAGAUUGUAAAGUUUAGAAAAGGACACUAACUGUGCGUAGGUCGGAGUUAGGGUCUGUACAGAUUUAAGGCACAACUGUGUUCAUGAUUUCCCUGCCUUUUGUUUCCACGUGAAAAGUUUCUGCCAAGCCAUACACACCCUGUAUCAUACUGUAGAAAUGUGUAUAAAGUAUAAGAUAUAUGAUCCUGACAGAUAUAUAUGUAAAACAGUAUUUUUAGCUGCUGUUUUAAAUUGGAUUAAAAUAGUUUGUAUGUAUGGUGUCACAACCGUCCCUUAUCUUUUUUCCCCUCCCUUCUUUCUUUCAUGGGAGUCGGUAAAACUGUUUUCUGCCGCGAGGCCACUAAGUCUCUUAAGCUGUCACAGAAUCUCAGAGGGAGUAAAUCAACAGCCGGUGCCAGAGAUGCACA